AUUUUCUUACCCAAAAAAAAAAGCAAAAGGAAAUAUAUCGAUCAGGCUAGCAAGUUUCAAUUUGAGUACGAAUUAAAAUAGCAGAACAUGGAUAUUAAAUCAUUUCUGUAUGAAUUUUGCGCUAAGUCGCGUGUUGAACCAAAGUUUGACGUUCGCCAAACGGGUCCGAAAAACCGUCAGCGUUUCCUGUGCGAGGUACGAGUAGAGCAGAACAACUACAUUGGUGUGGGGAACUCCACCAACAAGAAGGAUGCCGAGAAAAACGCGUGUCGUGACUUUGUCAACUACCUGGUGCGGGUGGGUAAGCUGAGUGCCCAGGAUGUUCCGGCCGAUGUGGGAGCUUCGUCGGGGGCGGCACCCAAGGCCGGUUCGCUGGUCGAGGGCGGGGACGGCGGAAAUCAGAAGCGCGUGUUUGGAGGUCAGUCGGGUCCACAGGAUCUGGGCGAGGCCUACCGCCCAUUGAACCACGCGGGCGGACCCGAUGGCAGCCGCUUCAGCAUCAUCGACCAUGUGCAGGAGCAGAAGGACAUGAACGAGGCUGAGUCCAUCGAUGUUAACGCUGCCAUCCACGGCAACUGGACCAUAGAGAACGCCAAGGAUCGCCUGAAUAUGUACAAGCAAGCGAACAAUAUUCGCGACGAUUACAAGUAUACCCCAGUGGGCCCGGACCACGCUAGGAGCUUUAUGGCCGAGCUGUCCAUUUACGUGCCGGGGCUCAAACGCAAGGUGACGGCCCGCGAGACGGGCUCCAACAAAAAGUCGGCCAGCAAAUCGUGCGCCCUGUCCCUAGUGCGCCAGCUCUUCCAUUUGAAGGUCAUUGAGCCGUUCAGCGGAUCUCUCAAGAAGAAGAAAGACGAGGAGCUGAAGCCCUACCCGGUGAAGCUGUCUCCUGAGCUGGUCAACAGCAUAGACGAGGUGAUCCAGGUGCUGGAUCUUCCAGUCGUCAAUCCGCGCAAUAUUAAAAUCGAACCGGACGGCGCUCCCAUUCCACUAAUUGUUAACAUAAACCGUAUUGACUCUUUACCACAAGAGGGAGAGAAGCGUCAAGAAAGCUCGGUGAUUCCCUGGGCACCUCCGCAGCCAAACUGGAACACCUGGCACGCCUGCAACAUCGACGAAGGAGAACUGGCCACCGCCUCGAUCGAUGAUCUGUCGAUGGAGUUCGAGCGAUCGCUCCGAGAACGCCGCCAGAACGACGAAAAUUAUCGUCAAUUCCUUGAGUUCCGCGACAAGCUGCCCAUUGCGGCUAUGCGAUCCGAGAUACUUAGCGCCAUUAAUGAGAAUCCAGUUGUGAUCAUUCGCGGUAACACCGGCUGCGGCAAGACCACCCAAAUAGCCCAGUACAUUCUCGACGACUACAUCUCUUCCGGCCAAGGUGGCUACGCCAACAUUUACGUGACCCAGCCGCGCCGCAUCUCGGCAAUUUCUGUGGCAGAACGAGUCGCCCGCGAGCGUUGUGAGCAAUUGGGCGACACCAUCGGCUACUCUGUGCGAUUUGAGUCUGUUUUCCCUCGGCCCUACGGGGCCAUUCUCUUCUGCACCGUGGGCGUGUUGCUGCGCAAGUUGGAGGCGGGCUUGCGGGGAGUCUCGCACAUCAUCGUCGACGAGAUCCACGAGAGAGACGUGAACAGCGAUUUUCUGCUGGUCAUUCUCCGUGAUAUGGUGGACACCUACCCGGAUCUGCACGUUAUUCUUAUGUCGGCCACCAUCGACACGACGCUCUUCUCUAAGUACUUUGGCGACUGUCCCGUACUAGAGGUGCCCGGGAGGGCCUUCCCUGUCCAACAGUUCUUCUUAGAGGACAUUCUCCAGAUGACAGAGUUUGUGCCGUCGGUGGAGUCGCGUCGGAAGCGCAAGGAGGCAGAAGACGAGGAGCAGCUUCAGCUCACAGAGAACAAGGAAGAGGCGGAAACCAAUUUCAACAAAGUGUGCGAGGACAAGUACUCCCAGAAGACGCGCAACGCUAUGGCCAUGCUCUCCGAGUCGGACGUUAGCUUCGAGCUGCUGGAGUCUUUGCUGGUGCACAUCAAGUCAAAAAACAUUCCCGGCGCCAUUUUGGUAUUUCUGCCCGGCUGGAACCUGAUUUUUGCACUCAUGAAGUAUCUGCAAAGUACGAAUACUUUCGGUAAUUCAGCCCAGUAUCGCAUUUUGCCGUGCCACUCGCAGAUUCCUCGAGACGAUCAACGCAAGGUGUUUGAGCCAGUUCCGGAAGGCGUCACCAAGAUCAUCCUCUCUACCAACAUCGCAGAGACUUCGAUAACCAUUGACGAUAUUGUUUUCGUGGUGGAUAUCUGCAAGGCGCGCAUGAAGCUCUUUACUUCGCACAACAACCUAACCAGCUACGCCACCGUGUGGGCCAGCAAGACCAACCUGGAGCAGCGCAAGGGACGCGCCGGACGAGUCCGUCCCGGCUUCUGCUUCACGCUCUGUUCACGCGCCCGUUAUGAGGUACUUGAGGACAACCUCACGCCCGAGAUGUUCCGCACGCCUCUGCACGAGAUGGCUCUCACCAUUAAAUUGCUCCGGCUGGGCGCCAUUCACCACUUCCUGUCGAAGGCCCUGGAACCACCGCCAGUAGACGCUGUUAUCGAGGCGGAGGUGUUGUUGCGCGAGAUGCGCUGCCUGGACGUCAACGAUGAACUAACGCCUUUGGGUCGCCUGCUGGCACGUCUCCCAAUCGAGCCGCGGCUGGGCAAGAUGAUGGUGCUGGGGGCGGUGUUCGGCUGUGCCGAUCUGGUCGCCAGCAUGGCCUCCUACUCUAGCACAUUCUCCGAGGUGUUUCAGCUGGAUAUAGGGCAACGUAGACUGGCUAAUCAUCAGAAGGCGCUGAGUGGCAACAAAUGUUCCGACCACGUGGCCAUGAUUGUGGCCUCGCAACUAUGGCAGAACGCCAAGCACCGCGGCGAGCAGGCAGAAGCUAGGUUCUGCGAAUGGAAGGGUCUGCAGAUGUCGACUAUGAACGUAAUGUGGGAUGCGAAGCAGCAGUUGCUGGAUCUGCUCCAGCAGGCCGGGUUCCCUGAGGAGUGCAUGAUACCGCACGAGGUGCACGCAGACGCUGAUCAAGACGACCCAGUGCUGGACGUGUCGCUGGCUCUUCUGUGCCUGGGUCUCUACCCAAACAUUUGCGUGCACAAGGAGAAGCGCAAGGUGCUGACUACGGAGUCAAAGGCGGCGCUGCUGCACAAGACUUCUGUGAACUGUAGCAACCUGGCCGUGACCUUUCCGUAUCCGUUUUUUGUCUUCGGCGAAAAGAUCCGCACGCGGGCCGUAUCCUGCAAGCAACUGUCGAUGGUCGCGCCUCUACAGGUGAUGCUCUUCGGAUCGCGCAAGAUCGACUUGGCCGCCAACAACAUGGUGCGCGUGGACAACUGGGUUAACUUUGAAAUGGAACCGGAACAUGCAGCCAAAGUAGGGGCCCUGAAACCGGCUCUAGAAGAUCUCAUCACCGUCGCCUGCGAUAAUCCGGCCGAAGUGCUCCACUUGGAGGAGCCCUACGCCAAGCUGGUCAGGGUGGUAAAGGACCUUUGUGCCAAGCGCUCUGGCGAUUACAGACUGCAACGCGAUACGGGAAUAUUGCCACACCAGUCACGCCAGUUCAGUGCUGGCGGCGGACCGGCCAAACGAGGUCGCUUUGAAGGCGGCAGCGGUGGACGUUUCGCUCCCAGAGGUUAUGGCAACAGAGGAAACGUCCCCUUCGGCAGUGGGGCAGGUCGUGGAUAUGGCGGAGGAGGAUAUGGAAAUAACAGAGGAGGCUAUGGCUACAAUAGAGGCUUUGGAAAUAGCGGAGGCGGAUUUGGGGAUAUAGACGGUGGUUUUGGGAGCAAUCGAGGAUCGGGAGGAGGCUUUGGAAACUUUGGAAAUGGCAACGGAGGCCCCGACCAAACUGGCAGCUGGGGGCGUUAUUAACAUAUUUAAUCUGACAAUUUUCAAUGAAUUUCUCCUAACCAAAUAAGCGGGACUAUGUGUAUUCUUAUCAUAUUUUGAAACAAGUUUAUAAAAAUGAAAGACAUUUGAAAUAA